CAGAAAGGUUGGUUUGUUGUUGCAGUUGAUGAUGUUGCUAUCGUUGCCGUUAUUAACAAUCUAUCUUAAAAUAGGAAAUCGCAAUUCACAAACUUGUAGGGACCCCACAGCUUCCUAAAACACCCCAUCAAAGCUGUUAUAGACUUAAGAGUUUUUGUUCCAAUCCCACAGUUCCAAAAAUUUUUUUAGGAGGAAGUGGAACUGGUCCCCAAUUUCUCUCCUCCUCUCUGUCUCUCUGUCUUUGUUCACAGAAGAAGCGUGUUCUUCAUCAUCAUCAUCAUCAACUCCUUCAGUUCUGAUCUUUUGUGUUCAGUCACAAAGAGAGAAAGUUCUAAACUUCACAGAGAUCCGGGAGCUCAAGUCGAGUAGGUAUAUGAAAUUCCUUUCAUUUGAACUCAAGUGGGCUAAAAUUUCGUACUUUGUGUUUAUCUAAAGGCGAAUGGGAAAGCGAGGCGGAUGUUUUUCUGCACUGAAGAGAGUUCUCGGUGCUGAAUCCAAGGAAAAAAAGGACCAGAAAACACACAAACCGAAGAAGAAAUGGUUUGGGAAGUCGAAGAAAGCAGCUCCAAAUCCUUAUUCCAAAGAAGCUUCAUUUGCUAGUUCUGCUCAUCUUGCUCUUCCUUCUUCUCCUUCUCCUCCUCCUCCUCCGCCUGUGCCUCCCAUUGAAGACGUUACGUUAGCUGAAGCCGAGGAUGAACAGAAUAAGCAUGCUUACUCCGUGGCAAUUGCAACUGCUGUGGCUGCAGAGGCAGCUGUUGCAGCUGCUCAGGCUGCUGCUGAGGUUGUUCGUCUCACUACUGUUGGCCAUUACCAUGGAAAAUCGAAGGAAGAUAUUGCGGCUAUCAAGAUUCAGACUGCAUUCAGAGGAUACUUGGCAAGGAGGGCAUUGCGAGCUUUGAGGGGAUUGGUGAGAUUGAAAUCAAUGAUACAAGGGCAAUCUGUCAAACGCCAAGCAGCUACCACAUUAAAAUGCAUGCAGACUCUUGCUCGUGUGCAAUCUCAAAUUCGUGAAAGGAGAAUUAGAAUGUCGGAGGAGAAUCAGGCUCUCCAGCGGCAGCUCCAACAGAAACAUGACAAAGAGCUUGAGAAGUUGAGAACUUCUAUAGGAGAAGACUGGAAUGAUAGCACUCUAUCUAAGGAGCAAGUUGAAGCAAAACUGCAGAGCAGGCAAGAAGCUGCUAUGCGAAGAGAAAGGGCAUUGGCUUAUGCAUUCUCACAUCAGCAAAUGUGGAAGAACUCUUCAAAAUCUGCAAACCCAACAUUUAUGGAUCCGAACAAUCCUCAUUGGGGCUGGAGUUGGUUAGAGAGAUGGAUGGCAGCCCGGCCAUGGGAGUGCCGAAGUGCAAUGGAUCAAAGUGACCGUGCCUCUGUAAAGAGUGCUGCAAGCCGAGCCAUUUCUGUUGGAGAAAUCACCAAAGCUUAUUCACGUUACAUCCUUAACCAGGAUAUGCCUUCCCCUAGUGGCCAAAAAUCAAGCCGACCUCCAAGUCGUCAAUCCCCUUCAACUUCCCAUUCCAAGGCCCCAUCUUUAUCAUCAGUAUAUGGGAGACGAAUAUCACAUAGCCCUAGGGGAAGUGGGUUAAGUGGGGAUGAUGACAUGCGUAGUGUCCAGUCAGAACGCUUCCGGAGGCAUAGCAUUGCAGGUUCAUCAAUGAGAGACGAUGAGAGCCUUGCAAGCUCCCCUGCUCUUCCAAGUUACAUGACACCAACAGCAUCAGCAAAGGCUAGGUCCCGGCUGUCAAGUCCUCUAGGAUCAGAGACAAAUGGGACGCCAGAGAAGGGAACAGCAGGUUCUGUAAAAAAGCGUCUCUCAUUCCAUUCUUCCCCGGCUGGAUCAAAGAGGCAUUCUAGUCCUGCUAAGAACAGCAUUAGCUCCAUUAAGGACAUUGGUGUGCGUACUGAGGAAAAAGUUAACAAUGUUGGGAGCAGGUAGUGCGGGAUUCAUGGAUUAAAUUGUGAAAUUAGGUAGAGUGAGGAUGGAGAAGAUUGAAUAAAAGAUGGCUUGGGACUUUGACCUUCAUUUUCGUUGUCUUCUUUUCCAAAUAGUGUUCCUUUUAUACGCGGAAGGGAAGAAGAAUGAGUAAAAAGAUGGUUACUGUUGUUGUUUUCACUUGACAUCUUUUUCUUCUUCUGAACAACUGAUCUUGUUAGAAAUGUUGAUUAUCCUGUAUGAGAUUGGUUUGGGGAUGAUAUAGUUUAUGGUAACAAUUUCUGAUGUCUUAGGCUGUGGUUUUGUGGGGAUUGCUUUUCUUUAAUCAUUUUGCUUUUUCUCUUGUUUAUUCAGUGGGGAGGGCUAUUGAGAUUGUGACCAUAAUCUGGUGCACCAUGUUCAUAAACUGCUUUAUGGUUUUGUUUCCUUUCUUUAUUUCUUUUAAAUGGAAGAAGUUCACUUGUUUUUGUAGAUA